CAAUUCAUCUACAGAGUCGAGAGCUUGAAGAGGCCAGCAGCAGCAUCAACACACAGAGACCGAGGGGUUUUGGAAAGUGAUACGGAAGGCCAGAUGCGGGGUGUCCACGGGACGAUUUGGAGUUUGUUUUAAUGGUUUUAACGGACAGACCAAAUAGAAGUUUUUAACCGAGCAAGAUGCUUUGCCAUGUUACCCGUCCCGACUCGGUGGUCAUGGAAGUAGAAGUUGAUUCGAAGGCAAACGGAGAGGAUUGCCUCAAUAAGGUAUGUCGGACUUUGGGGAUUAUCGAGGUGGAUUAUUUUGGCCUGCAGUUCACGGGCAGCAAAGGCGAGAAUCUCUGGCUGAAUCUGAGGAACCGAAUAUGUCAGCAGAUGGAUCAUUUGACGCCGUGCCGGCUCCGACUACGAGUCAAGUUCUUCGUGGAGCCGCAUCUGCUAUUGCAGGAGCAAACGAGGCACCUGUUCUUCCUGCACGUUAAGGAGGACCUCCAUCGGGGCCACCUGCGCAUGUGUUCGGAGCGGGCCGAGGAGCUCAGUGCUCUGCUGGCCCAGGCCCAGUUCGGCAACUACAACCAGAACACCGCCAAGUACUGGUACAGCGAGCUCACCGGACACGAGCCCUGCCCCGACACCGUUAACAGCAUAAUUGCGCGUCACCAGGCUCUGGCGGGCAUGAGUGCGGCCUCAGUGGAGUACCAGUCCCUGCAGCUGGUGGCGUCGCUAGAGCACUAUGGCGUGGAGUGGCACUGGGCGCGCGACGCGGAGGGACGCAGGCUGGCCAUAGGGGUGGGCCCCGACGGCAUCACCAUCUGCAAGGACGACUUUAGCCUCGUCAACAGGGUCUUGUAUCCCCUGAUCCAGAUUGCCACCCAAUCAGGGAAGAGUGUUUACCUCACGGUUACCAAGGAGACCAGCGACAGCAUCGUGCUGCUUUUCAAGCUCAUCAGCAGCAGAGCAGCCAGCGGCCUGUACAGAGCAAUCACAGAGACGCACGCUUUCUACAGGUGUGACACGGUGACCAGUGCGGUGAUGAUGCAGUACAGCCGUGACUUCAAGGGCCACCUGGCCUCGCUCUUCCUGAACGAGAGCAUCGACCUGGGCAAGAAGUACGUCUUCGACAUCCGCCGCACCUCCAAGGAGGUCUACGACCAGGCGCGCCGCGCCCUCUACAACGCCGGCAUCGUGGACCUCAUGCCCCACCACCACCACCAAGCACCCCUGACGGACGGAGACACAGACACCGACACCAGCGAUGGAGGCGGCGGGGUCGGCGGCGGCGGCGGUGGUGGUGGUGAAGCGUCUUCCCCCUCCUCACGCCGUUGCAAUUCACCCUCCGACCAGGAGGGUGCGCUGCAGGAUUCUGACUGCAGCAGCAGUGGCGGUGGUGGUGUUGUUGGCGGUGGGUGUGUGGAGAUGCGCGAGCUGCAGGAGCGUCUGCGUCGCCUCAAGGAGGCGCUGUUGUGCAUGCUGUGCUGCGAGAGGCAGAUUGACGCCGCGUUCUGCCCCUGUGGUCACAUCGUCUGCUGCCAGGACUGCGCCGCUCGACUGGAGCUGUGUCCGGUGUGUCGUUCGGAGGUGGAGCACAUCCAACACGUCUACCUGCCAACCUGCACCAGUCUCCUCAACCUCACCUCCUCCUCCAGCCCCCCGCCCCUCCCCCGACACUCGCAACACUCCAGCGGCGGCGGCGGCAGCGGCACCAUCUCACGUCACCACACCCCUUCACACAUGCACGACUAUGGCACCAAUGACAAGCUCUGCCCCACGUGAGCAGGAGAAGGUUGGGGUGUCCACCCACAUGUGGCGAAACGAAAUGAAUCACCACCACAUCAGCAAUGUUAUUUCACCAGCCCAUCAGUAACGGGUUGAAAUCAGAGUAAAAGUGAUGCAUCCUGAUUGUAGAAGAGGGUUCUUGUGGCUUAAUCCUUCUGGGUAAAGUCACUGGGCUCUUUUUUUUGUACUCUUGCUCUGAGUGAAUUUACCCUCUCCUGUGAACACACGUGUUCUCUGGAAUACCUUCCAUUAUACACAUGGAAGCACAUCUGGAUCAUCACACAGACCAUAAACACUGAACAAGACGUGGACCACCAUACGGUAUGGACCAUUAGCACUGCCACAUGAACAGUAAUGCAGCAAUCACACUGCAUCCACACCACCCACAGGUACCCCAACAAUCAGCAAUGUACUACACUGAAGACCAGCAUGUUUCAAGUUAAAAAUAUAAUUGGCCUUAUUGGCCAGGACCUACGAUGAGCGAGAUCCACUGGAGGAAGGGGGACGGGCACUGUGGACAUAGGCAGGCACCAAUGACGAGACAGUUCCCCCUGCAGUUGUGCACCAAUGAGAAGCUUGGGUGCGGCAGCCAGGGGCCAACAGAACAUGUGCUGGGUCGCAUGCUGUUGGUACGCUGGGGUUUUGUGCGUCUUGUAUCGGCCGUCACCUACUUAUCUUUGUCCUAACACCUCUGUAACACUACUUAACCCCCCACACCCCUUUUAUGUGUUUCAAAUCCAGUAAUGCAUCACGUGUCUCCUGUUGUCAGUAAUGCAGGAUGUCUGUUUGGUGUUCCAUGAGUGAUGCAUAUUGUGUCGAUUUUGUCUCUCAGUUGAUCUGAAGACCUCUCGUUUUGAGGUGUGUAUUUUCGUGUUCUGUCACCUCCAGUAUGCAGAUUAUACUUGUUAUUAUAACCAAUAUUUUUGGCGCCUAGCCUGACACUUUUUAUAUGAGAGAGAAGACAAAAAAACCUUGAUUUAUUUUAAAGAAGUAGCGGAGAUUUAUUUAUCUGAAUUUUAAUGACGUCUAUAUUAUAUUAUAUCUUUAUUAUAUUGUGAAUUUGAAGUGGAAUGGACUGCAGGGUUGUUGUUGCUAAGCGCCCACUCUUUAGCCUAUUCCAGAGCACCCCUACAGAAGCGCCACACUCUUCAAGGCCCGUGAUUGGUCGACGAGUGACCUUAACUGUACCAAGGCCCUUGAUUGGUCAGCUACUGACCUUUCCUGUGUGUUGUCAAGACUACUGGAGGAGUAAAGUGCAGUGCAAGCUGUUUUGGAAAGCUUUAGUGUUUUUUGUUUUUAUUAUAUUUUUUUAAAGAUUCGUUUAAUUAUUAAUAUAAUUACUUGUUGAAAUGAGGAACAAUUAUUUAAAACGCAAGUCACUUUAUGAGGUUUCCUAAGUGAGCUAUUUGUAGGACUGCCUUAAUGUAGCAAUCACGGUGUGUUCAUUUUAGUAUGCAUCUUUUUUUGUUUUGCACAGGUUAUUGUUGUUUGAUAGAAGGCUAUGAUGACCACGAUAAGAAAGAUAUUUUAUUUACUGCCAAUUAUGCGGUUACUGCAGGGAAAGGAAGGGUUUGUUCAAAAAGGGUUUGUUUCUGCGCAAAAUCUGCUGUGGAAAUGUAAAUAUAACCUUUUAUCUUUUAUAUAUUGUAUUUCUUUGAAUGACAGAGCUAUUAAUAAAGCUGACUAUUUGUUUUUACACAA